AUAGAUUACAACGAGAGGGUAGUUCUGUUUUUGAGGCAGAGGAGUGUCUUGGAUAUCCUGAAAUCGAAAUAUCCCGCCAUUCUAUCCAGUAUAUCCCUCAAGAAUAAAGUCAAUCUCAUCAGAUCAGAGGGAUUAGCAGCAAUAAACAGGCUGAAGAACGAUCUUGAACUUACCAUGAUGUUAAGCGUUUUCGAGGAGGAGAUAAUGUCCUAUGUACCUGACAGUUCAGAAAACAACGAAAAUUAUGAUAACAAUAAUCCUGCUAUUCCAUUCGGAUCAUCACCGGCCGUUGCCCACCACAGAAAUGCUUCUAGAAAGCGAAACUUAGAAGUGAAACUCGCGGAAUUUUAUAACAAACUCGAAGCUAAAGGCUAUUCUAAAGGGCCAGUUAAAUACAGAUUGAUAGUACGCAGAGAUCACAUAUUGGAGGAUGCAUUCGUGAAAGUAAUGAGCCUAACGAAGAAGGAGCUCAUCAAAUCGAAACUCGCCAUCGCCUUCAAAGGAGAAGACGGACUAGAUUACGGGGGCCCAUCCAGAGAGUUUUUUUUCUUGUUAUCUCGGGAGCUGUUCAACCCUUACUACGGCCUGUUUGCAUACUCCGCAAAUGAUACGUACACUGUCCAGGUCAGCCCGUCGUCCAAUCAGAUUGAAAAUAACCUGCAGUGGUUCAGAUUUGCUGGGCGGAUGAUUGCACUGGCACUCGUUCACCAGUACCUCUUGGAUGUGUUUUUCACAAGAGUCUUCUACAAGCAACUGCUACAUAUAAAACCGCACCUGAAUGACCUCGAAUCUCUGGACAUGGAAUUCUACAGGAGUCUCACCUGGAUCCAGGACGAAGCCAAACAAGAUGACCUCGAAGCCAUGGCUUUGACCUUUAGCAUAAGAGUGAUUGAGCGAGACUUAAAACAAAAUGGCCGACACAUCAGAGUGACUGAGAGAAAUAAAAAAGAGUACAUCGAAAGAAUGGUGGAUUGGAGAAUUAAGAGGGGAACCCAAAAGCAGAUGAAAGUUCUCGUGCAAGGUUUUAAUGAGAUAUUAGACCCGCGCCUGGUUUCAAAGUUCGACGCUAAUGAAUUGGAACUUGUAAUAGCAGGCUCUGUUGAUAUCGAUAUAGAAGACUGGCACGAUAAUACAGUAUACCGGUCAGGCUAUUCCGAAUCACAUCAGGUGAUAAUGUGGUUCUGGAAAGUUGUAUCCAACUACAACAAUGACCAACGGUUGAGAUUGCUGCAAUUUGUUACGGGGACAUCGAGUAUCCCGGUCGAGGGAUUUGCCGCACUUAGGGGGAGUACAGGGCCAAAAAAAUUCUGCAUCGAAAAGUGGGGAAAGGUUACUGACUUGCCGAGGGCCCACACUUGUUUCAAUCGUCUAGACCUGCCACCCUACACUUCUUUCGAAAUUCUUCUCGAAAAGUUGAGCAUCGCCGUCCAAGAAACAGCCACUUUCGGCAUUGAAUAAUUAUCGAAAUUAUGAUUAAUUAUGACUAUAAUAUUAAUAAUUAAUCAUUUUAUAUCUAUAUUUAUAUGAAAUAAUAUGUGUGUGUGUUGCUUUACAU